AGGACAUCAUCCUUGCGUCCGUGCCGUGCAUGUCAUGCAGGGCAAAAACAAUAACGCCCAAUUGUGGACACCCACCGAGGCACGUUUCCAAAAAAAGAUUCUACACAGUCGAGUGUAGAAGUCCAACAGAAACUCGGAGGAAAAAAUGUGAAGAAUGAGUCAACUUGUGCGGACUUUUAACGCCAGCUCUGCAGUAAACAUUUUGUUGGGUUGGCAUUGUCUUUCAGAAGACAAAGAGCCCUCGACACUCAAGCCAUCUCUUUAACUGAACAUUUUUAUGUUCUUCCACAUCUUUGCCAGUGAAUUUGGCUCCAGGACAUCAUUUUCGGAGAGAAUUGGCUUCCUGCCUUUGUGGUUCAGCCUCAUGUUUGCUGUGUGGAUGCUGUCCCUCUUCCAAUAACUCCACUGUUACACGACUGGUUUUCAGCUUCUUUUUGCUUUUGGGGACCUUGGUGUCAGUCAUCAUGAUCCUACCUGGAAUGGAAACUCAGCUGCGCAAGAUUCCAGGAUUCUGCCAAGGUGGAAGUACUAUACCUGGCUUGGAAAAUCAGUUCGACUGUGAUUCCAUCUUGGGCUACAAAUCUGUGUAUCGAAUGUGCUUUGCCAUGACUUGCUUCUUCUUCCUCUUCUUCAUUAUCAUGAUUCGUGUUAGGAGCAGCAAAGACCCUCGUGCAGCUCUUCAAAAUGGAUUCUGGUUCUUUAAAUUUCUAAUCCUCGUUGGAAUUACCGUGGGAGCAUUUUUCAUCUCUGAUCCAAUGUUCAAUACUGUGUGGUACUAUUUUGGAAUAGUGGGCUCCGUCCUCUUCAUUAUCAUCCAACUCAUUCUCCUCAUUGACUUUGCACACUCCUGGAACAAAGCGUGGGUAGAAAAUGCUGAAAAUAAUGACAACAAGUGCUGGUAUGCAGGCCUGCUUACUUUCACCACCCUCAAUUAUGCCUUGGCUUUCACUGCUGUCGUGCUGUUUUAUGUGUACUACACGCAGCCAGAUGACUGCACAGAGCACAAGGUUGUCAUCAGCCUCAACCUUAUCUUCUGUAUCAUCGUCUCUAUUGUCUCUAUCCUGCCCAAAGUCCAGGAUGCCCAGCCUUACUCUGGCCUGCUACAGGCUUCUAUCAUCUCUCUCUACACCAUGUAUGUCACUUGGUCGGCUAUGACCAACAAUCCAAAUCGCAAGUGUAACCCCAGCCUGUUGAGUCUACUGACGAAUGUCAGCAGCUCCACACCGUCCUUGGAACCCACGGCGAAACAUUUGCAGUUAUGGGAUGCUCAGAGCAUUGUUGGUUUGAUCAUCUUCUUCCUCUGCACCCUCUACGCUAGCAUUCGUUCAUCAAGUAACACUCAGGUCAACAAGCUGCUGCAAACGGAGGAGGGCAGCGGAGAUAGUGGAGGGGGUGUUGUGGAAGAGAAUGGCGUACGCAGGGCUGUGGACAAUGAAGAGGACGGGGUCGUUUAUAACUACUCGGCCUUCCACUUUCACUUGGCUCUAGCCUCGCUGUAUAUCAUGAUGACCCUCACCAACUGGUAUCUACCCAACACCGACACCAAAGUCUUGCAGAGCAGCAUGCCCGCCGUCUGGGUGAAGGUGUGCUCCAGCUGGCUCGGUCUCAGCCUGUAUCUGUGGACGCUCAUCGCCCCACUCAUCUUCACUGACAGAGAUUUCAGCUGAGCUGCAGGUCCUUUUUUUUCAGUUGGUUUUAUGCUUUCAUGGCGUGCUUUAUAGAUUUAAAGGGUCAUAAAUUGGAUGGAAACAUAUUGGAAAUUCAUUUAGAUUUUGUUUUUGCCUUUGCCAUUGUCAUAAUCAACUGCAGAUAUUAUUGGGUCAGGUUAAUGAGUGCUUAAGCCACAAGAAGUUCUGUUUACCCAUGACUCACCUCACUGGGCCAAUUCCUGCCACCUGAUAGGGCGUGACCAUGUGAGCUGUUUCUUUUAUGCUGAACUUUAGUUACCUGACUAUCACAGGCUCAGAGACAAGGCAGUUUUGCAAUACCGAUAUUGUUUUGUUUCUUGAAUGUCAUGCUGAAGAACAGAACCACUUGACUUCCAAUUAGCCACAUCUGGAUUCCUCUCUUCUUUGAUUAUUUCAAGGACUAUUUCAGUCCUGGGGGCCACGUGGGGAAACCUCCUUUUGAGCCCCAGCGAGAAAAGAGUGUAAAAGUGAGAUAAGAAUAAAAUGGCACACCCCGCAGAUCAUGACGAGGGUUCCCAAUUGCAACACGACUGUAUUUGAAAGAACAUCAUUACGUAGCCAGAAAGCUAACAUAGCACUCAUUUAAUCUCAGAUCUUCCUAGUCCAGUCAAGGUUAUAUAUCCAUGAUGUAACACCUUCCCUGUGUCUGACUGUGUUUGGCCUUGUCAACCAUGCUCAACCAUCUGUACUUGUAUAGCAACAACCAGGGAAACGUAUUGAUCUUUGGCAGAAUGCCUUCCUCAUUUGAUGCACACGGAACUCCCCGUGUUGGCGCAUAUGUCAUCAUUUUCAACAAAUUCAUAAUUUACUCUGCACUAUGCAAAUCAAUCAAACCAGUUUUAAAACCUGCUCUUGCUGUAAUCUGUUUUGCUGGUGACUAACGUUGUUUUCAAUAUUUUGUGGUUAGCCACAUUUCAAUAUGAAUGAAAUUAGUAUUAUGUAACAUUAAUAUUUUACCCCAAUCCUGACUAUGUAGGUUAGUGCAGUGUUUCCCGACCUUUAUUAAGUCAAGACGCAUAUUUUACAUUUGAACAAUCUGACGGUACACCUCUAAACUGAAAUGCCAAAGUUAGCAUUUAAAUAGCACUUUCUACCCAGUGUUAGAGCAGUUAUGUUUUGUCAAGCUCUGUAUAGUGCUGGCCUCUAUAGAAGAUUGUAUAUUCUAAAUUAAUCAAUUUCAUACCAGUCUUCCCACGUAACACUAGUUCGGAAUCGCAUGUCUCCUGAAUGUGAUGCUAUCAGUUAUUUCAGCCACAAUGCAAAACAAUCAAGUGUCUUGUUAAAAAAAAAAAAAGUUGCACAAAAUCAUCUUUAUAUUGAAGUUCUUUUGUAUCAAUCAUUUUCAAAUUUUUUUCUUUUCAAACUUUUUAUUUGUAAAUUUUUAUUGUUUUAAUCAUCUUCUGACUUAAGGAUAUUAACAAAUUGCCGGUGUCCAAGUGCUGUAUUAAGUGCCUUCUAGUUCUCAUUUCAUUAAGAAUUGUGAACACUGAUUUGUGAUUGUGUGCUGUCAGACAGAACACUAAAGCUUAUGGAUUGUAUGUGUUGGUUUUAUUACGAAUUAAACCCUAACUCACUCA